CAACACUUCAUCUUUAGUACAUCCCACUAUACAUCUCUCUCCCUCAUCGCUUGUGAUUCCUUGUGAUUCCUUGCAAUUCCUUGUCAAACCUUUCUACCCAACAAAACAUCAAAAACUUGUACUAGCAGACCCACUAACUUAAAAACUGAUCCUGCUUUUCAACCCCAUACACAUCAACCCUACUCGAUUCGAUUUUUUUUCAACUUCAGUAGCAUCAGCAUCAUUCGACUCAAGUGUUUCAUCAAAUCAACUUUGAAGACUUCAUCUAGCUCAAAAUGGUCUCAUCAGUUCUAUCCAACCUCACCUCUCAAUCUCGUCUCAACUCUCCUGGAAUUCCUAAACGUCGAUCUACUCAAUCCAGUCGAUCUCGUCUGAAUGCUUCUAACUCUUCCUCUUCGUCUCAACCAAAACCCAGCCGAAAUCCUGAUCAUGAUCGCGAGUUGAUGACUAUGUUGUUGGUGGGUGAAUAUCGUGAAGAAGCUCAAGAGUACAUGCUUCAACUGGAUGCUGAAACUAUUCCAGCAGUAGAGACUAUGGAUCUUCAACCCGAGUUAGAAUGGUUCAUGCGACCAUUUUUGAUUGAUUUUAUGAUUGAAAUUCACCAACAAUACCGCUUAAGACCCGAAACACUAUAUUUGGCCGUUAAUAUUGUGGAUCGCUAUGUAGCUAAGCGAGUAGUUUUCAAGAAACAUUAUCAACUCGUUGGUUGUGCUUCCCUUUGGAUUGCUGCUAAAUAUGAGGAUGCAAAGGAACGAGUCCCAGGUGUUGGGGAACUGAGUGCGAUGUGUUGUGGAGCUUAUGAAGAAGCUAGUUUUGUUCAAAUGGAAGGACAUGUACUUACCACCAUUGGUUGGCAACUUGGACAUCCUACUCCUGAAGCGUUUUUGAGGAUUCGAUUGGCCGAUGAACUUUCAAAGUCGAUGAUGGUCACCAAAUCUCAAUCUUUACAACAUUCCAAUACCACCCUUGCUCAUUUGACUAGGUUUCUUAUGGAGCUCAGUCUCUUUGAUCGAGCGUUUGUUGGGAUUAGAUCAGUAGAGAUUGCAGAUGGAGCUUUAAUGUUGGCUAGAUUUAUACUUGGUUCACCUUGUCAAUCUGCAGAUGAGAAUGCGGGAGCGAAACGAGUGAUGAACAUGUUGGAUGAACAGCUUGGGGAACGGUUCAGUACGAUUUCCGCCGUCGUGGUAAAGAAGUACAAUUACGGAUACUUUUCACGAGCCUCAAGAGUAGUAGGAGAUUGGUAUGGAGCAGGACAUCGAUUGAGUAGACCAGCUCCACCUCGAUCGAUUUCAUCACUCUCGAUCAGUUCAUCACCUACUUCGUCGGUCUUGACGAUGUCCUCUUCAUCCCGAAGAUCCGUUACUUGGUCUUCACCUGGUUCUUCGGUCAAAGCUGAGGAAGAAGAGGACGCUGAAUUGGAAGAAAAGAUGAUGAUGAUGGGUGAGGGUAAACGGUCAACUGAUGGUGCUAAUCGGUACCCAUCAGCUGGUUUAGUGGAAUCUCCUACGAUGCCAGAACGAUUGAAGAACUAUCACUUAUCCACCAGUGCUCCACCACCAUCUCCUUCGAUUUCUUGAGUCAUUCAACUCACCUCGGACAUACUCUUGCUUUCUUGAUUCGCUCUGAACUCUUAAUUCUCUUCUUGUCCUCAUCAUCUCUUUUCUUGGGAACGAUUAUCGAUACUUUUCGUUCUUCUCCUUGUCUUACACUCACAUUCUUUUUGUGUUGUUGUUGCUGUUCUUCAUCGUCUACUCUCAUACCAUGAUGAUUGUUUUUUUGUCUAGGCAAAGAAAACACAGAAAAUCUAACAUGGUCCUCCCUUACUCUUAUUUAUCUUUUCAUCUGUUAUUAGUGUUUCCUUUUUUCAUUUUCUUAAUCAUUAAUGUCCUUGUUUGUUUUCUUGAAAGUUCUUUUUUUUUCUCUGAGUAUAUGUGAACUUUGGAUGAUUUCUUUUUCUGAUUCUUCUUUUCUCUGAUUUUUCUUCUUAUGAUUAAGAUUUUAGAGAAUAAAGGAAAUGAAAGAAAAUAUUGAUGAU